AUGAAGGACUGGACUACCUCCCCUGCUGCACUGACUGUGGACGCUCCGUGUUCCAGAUGGCACCGCUGGAGGAAGAUGGAGCCACGGCAGGCCUGGAUUAACUUCUCUGGGGCCAGCAGCCGCCCGACCAGGGGCCCGGGGCCGCGGACUCAGUCGACUACCACGGGCUCUGUGUCAAACCAGCAGUCUGCAGGUGGCUGCACCAAGGCACCGGAGAAGGCGCAGGAGGACGUGGCCCGCACGGCAGAGGAGCCGCAGCUGCUGCAUGGUGCCUGCAUCUGUAAGUGGUUCAACGUGCACAUGGGAUUCGGUUUCCUGUCCAUGACUGCCCAUGCCGGCAUCCCACUUGACCCCUCAGUGGAUGUCUUUGUGCACCAGAGUAAGCUGCACAUGGAGCGCUUCCAGAGCCUGAAGGAGGGUGAGGCCGUGGAGUUUACCUUUAAGAAGUCUGCCAAGGGCCUGGAAUCUAUCCAAGUCUCUGGCCCUGGUGGGGUGUUCUGUAUUGGGAGUGAGAGGUGGCCCAAAAGAACGAACAUGCAGAAACGCAGAUCAAAGGGAGACAAGUGCUACAACUGUGGAGGUAUAGAGCACCAUGCCAAGGAAUGCAAACUGCCACCCCAGCCCAAGAAGUGCCCUUUCUGCCAGAGCAUCAACCAUAUGGUAGCCUCGUGUCCACUGAAGGCCCAGCAAGCUCCCAGCUCCCAAGGAAAGCCAGCCUACUUUCAGGAGGAGGAAGAAGAGAUCCACAGCCCUGCUGUGCUCCCAGAGGCCCAGAAUUGA